UACUGUGUGCGUGUCGUCUCCCUGAUGCUCCGCUACCCACGCAAGACUACAACAACUGGCGACGAAGACAUUCGGAUUCAAUUACCUCCAGGUAGGCGAGCACCGCACAUCCAUUGCUCAAUUCAGGCAGUUAAAAGCAAGUAAAUAGCAGCGGAGAAAGAUGUCGGCCAGGGUAGGAAGAUUGCUCGAGUUUGACCAGUCUCACGACAACUUUAACUCCUACAUGGAACGAUUUGAGCAUUAUGUGACAGCAAAUGAUAUUUCAGAAGACAAAAAGAAAGCAACGUUCCUCACAGUGAUAGGUGCAAAGACAUAUGAAGUCCUAAAGAACUUAGUCGUUCCGGACGUGCCAGGGAAUAAAUCCUACCGGGAGCUAAAAGGCCUCUUGGAAGAGCACUAUAGUCCAAAACCGUCUAUAAUUGCAGAACGCUGCAAGUUUAAUCGACGUUGCCAGGAAGCGCAUGAGAGCGUUGAAGACUUCACAUUAGCCCUAAAAGAACUCGCCAGAAAGUGUGAGUUCGAUUCGUUUCUGAACGACGCAUUGCGUGAUAGACUAGUUGCCGGCUUGAAGUGCGAAGAAACGCAAAGAGCACUUUUUGCCAUGGACGACUUAACGUUUGAAAAGGCUUGUAAGACGGCACGAGAUAAGGAACAGGCCGCAAAACAGACCAGCCAAAUGCACCAGCGGUUCCCGCCAGACGUGAACAUGGUUAGAUUAGAUAGCACGAAGACAGCGAACGCACAGCGCCAGAGAAAAACUGGUAAAGCACAAAAGUGUUAUCGAUGCGGUAAAUUCCACGACCCAAAUCAGUGUUGGUACAAGGAAUAUCGCUGUUCAUGCUCAAAAGUUGGACACUUGAAGAAAAUGUGUCGGUGCAGCAACAAUCGGCGGAGAAAUGUGAAAAAGGUCGAUUGUGUAGAAGAAAGCGUUGAAACCGAGUCAAGUGAUGACGCCUUCAUGGUAUAUUCUGUGACCGCUAAAGCUAAGGGAUAUAGUGUCACCGUCUCAAUCGAGGGACAGCCUGUUUCCAUGAUAGUAGAUACAGGAGCAUCUGUAUCGAAUAUGCCAAAGCAACUCUACGAAGAGAGAUUCAAAAAGCUGCCGUGCCAGCAAACUGAAGUAGUACUGCGAACCUACGCAGGGGGCAAACUGACAGUCGUCGGAAAGCUUCACGUCAACGUGCAGUACGAAGGACAGAGCAAAAUACUCCCUGUCGUUGACGACUGCGGCGAAGACCUCCCAUUGCUUCUUGGAAGGGAUUGGCUGCAAACACUAAAACUCAACUGGAAUGGGUUUCUUCACUACGCAACAAAAAAACCCUGCAGUCAUCGAGUUGCAAACACUUAAAGACAAAU